GUGACAGGGGUCCGAUUUUUUUGAGACGAGCCUCCCGCACCGAGCACGAGGCCGCAAGCGCAACGAAUACCAGCAGCCAUUGACCACCCCGCGCGCAGCCAGGCAGGAUGAGCGGGCUGCGCGAGAUGUCCCGGUGCAUCCGGCAGAUACCAGUGCCGUCACUGUCGCGGCCGGCAUACCAAGCAGCCUUCCGCAGAUGCGCCUCCACACAGGCCGCCGCCGCCCCGGCUGAGCCCGCGCCCGCCCCGGCACAGGUGCUGUCCGAAUUCGCCGACCUCGAGCUGGAGGCUUCCAGCAUGAAAUCCAAAUUCGGCGAGGGCGUCAAGCAGAGGCCGCCCAAGGACCGCUACUUCCGCAGGAAACAGCAGCUCCCAGGAAGCAGAUACCAGUACCACCCGCCCAAGUACGACCGCGGCCCGCUACACCCCAUGCAGUCGCCCAAGUCGUCAGACCCCGUCGCGCGAGACUUCAUCCCGGGGCCCUUCAACCUGCCGAGGCUGCGCCAGACGUACGAGACGACGGUCGCGUCCGAUUUCCUCACGCUAGCAUACACGCACAAACCGCCGGGCACCAUAGAGCCGUCCGUUAACUUCCAGGACCUCAUGUUCCGCGAGUGGGACGACUCGUCCCCCUACCACAAGAACCGGCCCAAGCGCGCGCCCAGGGGCUCGUCCGUGUCGCGCCUCGUCGAGCCCGACAUCAUCUUCAACAACAUACCCGAGAUCACCGAGGUCACGGUCGCCUCGUACUCGCCCGACGCCGUCAGGAACGAGAUGUACCUCUGGGUCGCUCGCGCUAUGCUCCAGAGCAUCAGCGGCCAGGUGCCCGAGGUGACCAAGAACCGCGUCGGCGUCGCGCAGUGGGGCGUCAUGAAGGGCAAGGCCUCGGGCGCAAAGGUCACGAUGCGCGGCAACAAUGCCUACGAGUUUAUAGACAAGCUCAUCCACAUAGUCUUCCCCCGCAUCAAGGAGUGGCAAGGGAUCCCUGGCAGCACUGGUGACAGCCAGGGCAACAUUUCCUUCGGCCUGAGACCUCAGGACAUGGUGCACUUUCCCGAGAUGGACUCCAACAUAUCUAUGUACCCUCCCAAGAUGACCCCUGGAUGCCGCAUUGCCAUCAAGACAACAGCCAAGUCCAACCGUCACGCUAGGUUGCUCAUGCAGUCUUUGGGGAUGCCAUUUUAUGGGGAACUGGCCUACUGAUCCUUGGGAAAUAGCAUGGGCAGUGGCGGGUCUAUAUUGUAAAUAGACACCUCACUAUCCGUCUGUAUAAACAGAAUAAAAAACCGUAAAACGUCUGCAAUGUCACAAACCGCC